GAGAGAGAAAGAGAGAGAGAGAGAGAGUGUAUGUGUUCCGCGGGCGCAUACUUAAGGAUAAUGCAUCGCUCGAAAUUGCGAGGUACGUUAAUCGCGGCCGUUGACGCGGCCGGCUGGAAAACGAUGUUAAAACUCGUGGCGCGCGCUCGUUAAUUGUAUCGAAUUUUAGUUCUCGCCCGCUCCGGCGUUUCGUUUCACGGCGGGCGCACUUCGUGCUCGGACCACGAGAGUGAUUAUAAGCGCGGCGAUGUUUCCUGUCGGGUCAAAAGCGCCGGGGCCGUUGACGAUGAAAUUUCGAUCGACGUGACCGAUAUUGUUCUCGUUACGCGGCGCGGGAGGAUCGCAAAUAGACGUAUGGAAAGCUCGGUCGAAUUAACGGGUGAAAAUUAGUCAAGCGUUCCCUUUGACCGACCUUUUUGUCCCUUUUGCUCCGUGACGACACACGUUUCCCGUAAUUUCUCACGUUAUCGUUUUGUGCAUCCGUCGAGAGUGGUCCUUCGGGCGCAAUUUUUUUGCAUUUAAUUUAUAUUUUCGCAGAGACCCGAGAGAUUCGCCGAUUAUGUAAAUUGAGUUUUGUAAUGCAGUUACACCGGGAUGUGGCCCGGACGUUGGUUAUUUUAUUUACUUUUUGCCAAUAACGUUAACGAGCCCAUAAAGUAUCGGCAAAGCUUCUGACUAAGUGCAUGGACAUAUUAAGUUUUUCUUUCUGACGCGGCAUACAAACGAAAAAAUGAUGUGCAUAUUUCAUUAAAAAAAAAAAAAAAAAAAAACAAAAACCGAGGCAGGAGAAGAAAGAGGAGUAAGCGAACAACACGGUAUAAUUACCACUACAGAAUGAUUUCCGAGAAGUAGAUUUAUAAAUGAGAUAGCGUGCACUAACUACUCUGCUUAAUUAAAAUUAAAAUAAAAGAUCGUAUAUAGCGUACAAUUUCAUCAACGGCAGUUAGGAAUAUUCUGUGUGACCUCUCCUUACGAGAACGAUCAUGCGACCCGCUGCCAUUAUCCCUGAAACAAGAUAUGAUUUCUCCCGGGUGUAAUUCACUAAUUAUGCCAGUAACGAAGCCAGUAAUUAUUAAUAUUUUGUUAAACGUAGCUUUCAUAGUUCAGCGCGCACGCUCGCGCAGGCGAGUGACACCUGCCCGGCUUUCACCCAGAACGGUAUUAUUAUGAUUAGCGUCAUUGAUGUAAGUAUAUAAGUAAAAUGAAACACAUUAAUUCCCGUGUACUCGCGUCAGCGAAUCGUCCGUCGCGUCGUUGCGAUAUUCUCGUAAUAAUGGUCCGUCGCUUCGUUUUUCAAAGUUACGCACACACAUACACAUACACAUACACAAACACCCAUGUAUAUAUAUUAUAUUAUUAUCGAAACGCGAACCGCGCGUAACCACGAUAAAAGUGUUCUCUUUGUCGAAUCGACGUCGCCGGCAGCAAUUGUAACGUUACAUUCGAGCGGAAACUUGCUGAUCGCCGCCGAUCGAAUCGUUCCGGGCGCAAAGCCGUGACGGUUAUCUCGCGCAUUAUUCCGUCCGAGUGGCCGAAAUGGUAAUAGUUAAUUAAUUAACGAUUAAUCGGUUGCGGUCGCGCGACCGCGCCGCGUUAGAGUGUUUUACAACGAGACGGAUAGUAGUUUCGAUCACGCGAUGAAACGUCCCGGCGUGCCGCCGCGAACGUUCCCGAUUACAUUCCGCCGCGCACAAAGCUGCAAAUCGCUAACUUUGAACGGCCCGCGAAAUCAAAUUGCAUUAAUUAACGAAUGUAAUGAGAUUACGGCGAACGCGCCUACCAUUAUACGACGCGAAAGCGGAAAGUAGCUCGCGGCUCGUUCAUUAUACGAACUGCAGCAAUGUUAUGCUUUCGAUGGAACUUCCACUACGGUCUAUGCCCGUGUCCGCGCAAUUAGCGCUAAAUGUCGCGGUCUAAUUUCCAUCUCAUGUUUAAAUUGGGCGUAACUGAGAGGUCGCCGGGUGAGGGACGAGCGGCGAGGCGGCUUGCGUACAUUCAUAUUAGAUUAAUAAUAAAAUCCGAAAUGGAGGAGAGAAUUAUAGUUCGCGCACGUGCGUCGCACUGCGUACGCGCACAUGUGCGGCACAACGAUGUCUCGAGUGAAAUUCGCUCCAAAUGAAAACAGAAAAAAGUUAUCGGGCGACAGAAGAGCGGCGGCGGCGGCGGCGACGGCGGCGACGGCGGCAGCGAAUCGUGUUACUCGCAAUGUGAAGUCUCUGGGGUCUCGCGUCUCCAAAUUUCCGGCCUUCUCCGGCCUGCGAUUCCAAAUUGUCCGGUUCGAAGAAGCAAAGAUUAUCGAUCGUAAUCACGCGGACUGCUCGAUGAAUAAAAUUUCGGCUGACGAAACUCGCGCAUUCGGAAUGACGGAACGGAAAGAGGCGAUCCGUGAAACGACCGGAGGACCCUCACCUGCGCCGGAACUCGUUCCGUCCGGAGUACACGCUAAGGGCGUACUCGAGAGUUUGGCUUGCCGUCCCGACUGCCGCGGUUCCGACUUGACUGAGGAUCCGACAUUAAUCACGGUCGAGAAACGUCCGAAAGGUUGCCGUCGUCGCAAGUGUUGGACGAAGAUUGACGAACCGGCAACGUUAGAAAAGACCGCGGACGAGAAGUGUUACAAAAGCACACAGAAGCGCACGUCGCCGCAGAGCAAGCAGUAGCCGUUAUCUUUCGUUCUUCAAUGUUCUGAGUUGAGAAAUUGCAGUUUCACGAAACAGCAAACGAAAAUCCGGUGUCUCCCCUCGCACAGUCUCGCAUCUCGACAUCUCGAUCCCCCGGACGCUUUUGUAUACGCGAUCAAAUAAACGAUGCC